CAGCCCACCAUGCUUUUUCUUCAUCAUAGCCAUCUCUGUGUUUAAUUUAAGGAAGAAAGAAGUAGCAUGAAGUUAUGUCAAGGUAAAGAAUUUGAUAAUAGGACAAAAGUUGACGGAGACCAGCCCACCAACCAUGUCUUUUAUUUAUUUUUCGACUUUCCGACUCUAUUCCCAAUUUCAACUUAUGUAGUGCCUUCUUAAAUCAGCCUGCACCACAACAGAGUCAUAUCCUUAUUCUUCUGAUACACACACACAAACGUUUGUAAAUCCUAGGAAACAUGUGUCCUCUCAGGUUCAUUCUUGUAUUCUUGUCGGCAACUCUUGCCGGUUUCUUGGUCCUCAGAAACUUCAGAUCUCAACCUCACAUCACUGACACUGAGUUGGAUGCAGACAAUGAAAACAAUGAGCACACCCCAACCUUAAAGAAUGCACUUUCCAAGAUUCGUGAUGCAUUGCAAUCUGGGUUCUGGACCUUCCUUGACAUGGCUAGCGGUAGCUAUCUUUGGAGGCACUUAGUCUCUUCCUCUUCCCCCAAAGCCUGAAUGAACUAUUCCUACAGUAUAUAUUUGCUUUUAAUGGUGAUGAUAAUCAUAAAUUAGCUGCAAUAACUUACUGUCCACUUCCUUAACAAGUGGUUUAGACUUAUAUGCCAGUAAUUGCUUGUUGUAAAUGGAAUACCAAUAUGGUGUAGUUGGUUGGCAAAUAGCCAUGUUUGUGACUCUUACUAUGAAUUUAGCAGAACAAAUGUUUCAAUAAAAGAGUAUCUUACAGAUUAGUUUGAGUUUUUGGAAUGAAAAUAUCUCAGUUCACGAAAAUGUUGUGAAUUAAGUACAGGUUCUCCUCCCUUAGAAACUGACCUUCUUUUCUUAUGAUUUUUUCAAUAAAUUAGCUACAGAAAUGAGAAUUUUAAAGAGUAAAAGACUAAAGUGAUCAAUUAUUACGAGACUAAUAAGGUUCUACAAGGAUAACCCAAGGUCACCAAUUGGUAAUGCAGCAUGCUUCACCUAUUCCAAAGAAAAAAUAAUAGCCUCUAAAAUUCUUCAUACAAGGCAAGUAUAGCUUUUGAACCAUUUUGUCCAAUAAUUUGGAACUGAUUUUAAAUGCUACAAGGAUACUUUUGCUGUGAGGAGUACAUUGUCUUUAUUAGAAUUGGUUUUGGAAGAGUAUAAUCCAAAUUCCUGGUUGUAGACAGUAGAAAACCUAAGACUUUGUUUA